AUGGCCGCCCUCACUACCACCCAGACGCGCUCGCACGCCGGUCACUCACAUCAUCAUCACCAUGAUAAUACAUACCUCACUUCGAAGAAUAAGAACGAUGCAGGCGUGCGGAUCACAAGAAUCGGUCUCUACUCCAACCUGGGCAUGGCCAUUGCGAAAGGAGUCGGUGGAUAUGCCUUCAACUCGCAGUCUAUGAUCGCAGAUGCAUGGCACAGUUUGACAGAUCUGGCCAGUGAUAUUCUGACACUGGCAACUGUUUCCUGGAGCUUGAAGCCCCCUACAGCACUCUUUCCUACUGGAUUUGGAAAGGUGGAGAGUUUGGGGUCUUUGGGAGUCAGUGGAAUGCUGCUGUUUGGAGGCUGCUUCAUGUGUUUGAACAGCUGCGAGAUUCUCUAUGCGCACUUCUUCCUGGACGCUCAUGCUGCUGCAGAGGCUGCUGCGCAUGCACACGGACAUAGCCACAGUCACAGUCAUGGUGCCGUAGGACCGAGUAUACAUGCCGCCUGGCUUGCUGCAGGAACAGUGAUCUUGAAGGAAUGGCUGUACCAAGCGACCAUGAAAGUAGCCAAAGAACGAAAAUCCUCCGUCCUAGCCUCGAAUGCCAUCCAUCACCGAGUCGACUCUCUUACCGGAAUUGUAACGCUAUUCGCGAUUCUCGGCGCAAACUUCUUACACGAGGCAGCAUGGCUGGAUCCAGUCGGAGGUUUCCUGAUCUCGUUGCUGGUCAUCAAAGCUGGUUGGGGAAAUACCGUUUCGGCACUCUACGAAUUAGCAGACAAGGGUAUCGACGACGAAGUGAAGGCAUCCGUAAGAAAGGCAACAGCAAAGAGCUUCGAGACCCUUAGAGAUGGAACACAAAUCGAGCUCCGGGAAGUCGAAGGCGUCAAAUCCGGACAGAACUAUCUGGUCGAUCUACAACUCGCAGUACCAAAAUCUUGGACCGUUGAAGAUGUCAGAGAAGUCGAAGAGGGUGUUAGAGAAACGGUCGGAUCGAAAGUAAGAGGUGUCCGCCGUAUCAAGAUCCGAUUCGUGCCAAAGGAUGAUGGUUCGUCAACUUUGUUCGACGAGUUCAUAAGUGGGGAUGUCAGCCCACGAGCCGGUCCAGAGCCCGAAGAGCAUGACCAUGAUCACGAUCAUGACCAUGACCACUCACAUACAAAUGGCAAUGGCAAGAAAAUACAAUAG